AUGAAUUUUGGAAGUGUAUUUAUUUUUAUUUACGCGUUCGCAAGCGCAGAGUCUAUGUGGUCUCUGGACCAGCCUAGACUUUACAAGAGACAAAGCUUCUUUACUGCAUUUAUGAACAGCUUGAGAGGUGGCUCCAAAACCGGCUUCACCAAGAGAAAAAUGGGGCGAUUUCUUACCCGUGGAUCACCUGAUUAUUAUUUUUGA